AAGGGGCUUGUUAGAUAAACAAUUUGUGGCGUCUAAGGGAAACCCCAUUCACUUUGUUUUCUUUAUACUUGAUAUAUUUGCUUCUUCACCAAAAUAUCUCUUUAAUUUUGUUUUUGUUUGUUGUUCUAACGAAAACCCAUUAAAGAAAAAGGCUCAAGGAAGAGGAAAGGAGGAAUAUACGUUUGUUUUUAGAGCUUUUCCUUUGGCUUUGAAGUCCAAAGAAAGUCAUUUCCUUUGCAAGUGAAAAAUAUGGAGAUCGAUAAAGCAAUCAGAGAAAGUGAUGAUACGAGGCUUAAGACCAAGUACAACAACGCCGUCUAUGUUAUUAAAAGAGCUCUUGCUCUUUACUCUAUUGAAGAGGUUGCUUUCAGCUUCAAUGGAGGAAAAGAUUCUACUGUUUUACUGCACCUUCUUAGGGCUGGCUAUUUUUUGCAUAGACGGGAGCAAAAUUGUCCUAAUGGGGUUCUGACAGAUUUUCCAAUUCGAACAAUAUAUUUUGAAAGCGCUUCUGCAUUCCCAGAAAUAAAUUCAUUUACCUAUGAUAUAGCCAAGAUGUAUGGGAUGCAAAUGGAUAUUAUCCGUUCAGAUUUCAAGUCUGGUUUGGAGAUGUUGUUAAAAGCUAAACCAAUCAGAGCAAUUUUUCUUGGUGUUCGGAUUGGUGAUCCCACUGCGGUAGGCCAAGAGCAGUUCUCCCCUAGUUCACUAGGAUGGCCAUCUUUCAUGAGAGUAAAUCCUAUCUUGGACUGGUCAUACAGAGAUGUAUGGGCUUUCCUCUUGACUUGCAAGGUUCAAUACUGCAGUCUUUAUGAUCAGGGUUAUACAUCUAUUGGGAGCAUAUAUGACACGGUGCCAAAUGCAUUGCUAUCCAUUAGCAACACCUCCAGCAAAGAAAAAUUCAAACCUGCAUAUUUGCUUCCUGAUGGAAGAUUAGAGAGAGCAGGGAGAGUUAAAAAAAUUUCUUCUUCAGAUGGCACUCGUCUUCCUGCCAUCAACAAUGGCCUAGACAGUGUGGAUUCACAUAGAAACAGGAUGUUUACUGCCUCAGUUAUUGGUGUGGGGGAUGAGAUUCUGUUUGGCACCGUUGAGGAUCAGUUGGGACCUUCAUUGUGCAGAAAGCUCCAUUCCAUUGGUUGGUUGACAUCACAAACUGCUGUUGUCAGGAAUGAUAUAGAUUCUGUGGCUGAAGAGAUUGAACGACGUAAAUCUACCAAUGAUGUGGUGUUUUUGUAUGGAGGUGUGGGCCCAUUGCAUUCUGAUGUUACUUUAGCAGGUGUGGCAAAGGCAUUUGGGGUUCGCCUGGCUCCUGAUGAAGAAUUUGAGGAAUAUCUAAGGCAUCUUAUCGGUGAUCACUGCACUGGUGAUCGAAAUGAGAUGGCUCAGUUACCUGAAGGCAUCACUGAACUAUUGCAUCAUGAAAAGCUGCCAGUGCCUCUUAUCAAAUGCCGAAAUGUAAUCGUGCUUUCUGCAACAAAUGCUACUGAGCUGGACAAGCAGUGGGAUUGUCUGAUUGAAUUAACAGUAUCUGAUGGCUGCUUAGUGACAAUGGAACCAUACUCAUCAAAGCGCUUGACAACAAAUCUGACAGACGUAGAAACUGCUCAACCCCUAUCAAAACUUUGUCUUGAAUUCCCGGACCUUUACAUUGGCUGUUUCCGCGAAUCUAGACAAGGGCCCCUGGUAAUUAGCUUUGAAGGCAAGGACCUGGCUAGAAUUCACGCAGCUGUAGAAACGUUGUGCAAGAAGCUCCAUCCAGAGGCAUUCUCUGAAGUCAACUAGAUAAAUCUGCUGUUCUUUAAAGUUUUGCUUGUCAAGCUUCAAAAUCCAAGAAACUUAUUUAACUGCAGCAACUGCUAAUCCCUGUUUCCAGAAUAUAUAUGAUGGAAACGUGGCGUUGGAUAGAAUUGGUAGUUGGAGUUGUAAUUGAUAAGGGAGAAGGAAAGUCAAAAAGGGAAGAUCACAAUAAGUUACAUGCUCUAUAAAUGGGCAGGGCCUUACGUUUAUACAGCAGUCAUAAUGAACUAACUGUUCAAAACCAGAGUGACAGUUUAGGACUGUAAACAAUAUGUAUUUGCUCUUUAGCUAAGAUCAGUGAAUCCCACGCUCAAUUCUCGAGACCAAGUCUUUCAGAUUAGAGCGAAGUGAUCAUUCUUUCGAAUUAUCUGAUUCUCCUCAUUUGUUUGAAUCGCCAUUACUCUUUCUUAUUCAAGUGCUGUCUUCCAUUUA